CAACAACAACAGAAAUAGUGAGCACUGGAUUAUUAAAGGCGUCAUCUCCCUCUUCAUCACUCACCUGUCUAAUCCUAUCUCAUAACUACUAUCCUUUCUCUCCAAUCUCAACUACUCUACUAUCACCCCACUAUGACAGACCAAACCACCACCACAACUACAUCCCCACCACCCCUCCGCAUCGGCGUCCUCCUCUUCCCAGGCUUCCAAGCCCUCGACGUCUUCGGUCCCCUCGACGUCCUCAACGUCCUCUCCUGGUCCACCAACUCUCCCUCACCCACCACCCCAUCUCCAACUCCACCCAUAUCCCUAACCCUCCUCUCCACCACCCUCUCCCCCAUAUCCACCCUCCCCCCCUCCCUCCCCAACGCUCUCUCCCAAUCCAUCCUCCCAACAGCAACCCUCGCCUCCUCUCCCCAGCUCGACGUCCUCCUCAUCCCAGGAGGCUGGGGUACUCGCGCCCCGCUCCCCGAACACAUCGAGUACAUCCGCUCCGUCUACCCGUCCCUCAAGUACCUGUUGACAGUGUGUACGGGGGGCAAGUUAGCUGCCAGGGCGGGCGUGCUGGAUGGGAAGAGGGCCACGACGAAUAAGAAUGAUUGGGAGAGUGUGGUUAGAGAUGCUCCCCGCGUGGAGUGGGUGAGGGAGGCGAGGUGGGUGGUUGAUAAACCUGCUGAGAAUGGGGAGGGUGUAGAGGUGUGGAGUUCGGCUGGUGUGAGUGCCGGUGUGGAUUUGAUGUUUGCGUGGGUGGAGAGUAUUUGGGGGGAGGAGGUUGCGGGGAGGGUUGAGAGGGUGUUGGAGUUUAGGAGGUGGAGGGAGGGCGGGGUGGAUCCGUUUGUUAGGGAUUAGGAUUGUAUUUUAGGAGGAGGGGGAUGAAGAUGGAUAUGGGCAGAUAGUAAUGAAAAUAUCUCUUCUUUGUUAGGUAGUUGUGAUAUGUGUUUCGGA